CAAUGCUGGGGGUAUCCGUGAGGCCACCCGCUCUGUGCUGGCUGCUGGGCAUCACCUGGUGUUUGGGAGCCGCGCUGUGGGAUGGGGCAGCAGCCAUGGGACCAUGAGACACAUCCCUGCAGGAACAGGGCUGGGACAGCAGCAGUGCAAGGCAGGAAGGCUCAGUGACAGACACAGAGCGGUGCUGCAGUACUGCUCUCAUCCUCAUUCUGAACGUGAGAGCUCCAUGCACGGGCAUCUCUACUAGCAGAGCGUCUGCAGGCACCCAGAAUUCACACCCGUGAGUCUCACACAGUGUUACAGCAAUUAGACACAGUUUGGGAAAACUCCAAAUGUAAGGAAUUGGCAGGAGCUGUUGCUGUAGCAUAUCAAGGGAAAUCAUGGAAUCAUUUAAGUUGGAAGGAACCUCGAAAUGUUAUCUAGUCUAAAUCCAAAUUAUCUUAAAAUUCAGGGAUUCAGAAUUUUCAGAACUUUCUGACUUUACAAAGAGUCUCACCACUGAUUUGCUGCUGGUCUGCCUACAGGAGCUGUGUUCUCCAAACCUGAGAGCUCUCCUGCAGCUUCUGCACUUGCUUCUGCUUCCCCAGCCCCACACCCGGGGUGUACAGAUGUCAGCUCUGUGCUGCCAGAGGAAAGGAAUAAUUAAAGCAGAUAAUUAUUUCUGAGAUAACUCGCUUCCCCCAGGGCUCAUUAGCCCAAUCCUCGCAGCCUGGCCCAGGCAAUGCAGAGACACAGCACAGGGCUGGCGCUCAGCGCUGUGCUGAGCAGUGAUUGCUUUCCACAUUGCCUCUUCUUUAUUCAUUUUUGCUGCAGGCUGCAGCUGGGAUGGGUGGUUUUUUUGCAGGAUGCUCCCAUGCAGAGGCAUGGGGCUGCCCGGAGUGUGCUUGCUACCCUGCAGCAGGAUCACUCCAUGGCAGAAUUUGUCUGUUUGUAACUUCUCUAUCCAGCUGCUCCAAGAGCCGAGCCUGUGGGCCCCAGCGCUGCUCGACAGACGGACGGAGCGCCCGCGCCAGGACCGAGCGGCCGGGGCAGAGGAUGCUGGAUGAGGCAGCGGGGCCCCUCGCCUUGUCCCUGGGGGGACCAGCAUCUGGAGCCGUGCUGGGGCCGGUCCCGCUGUGAGGCUGCACCCCGCUGACGGGGAAGGGGCUCCGCCAGCCAGGUACCCCCACACCGUGCCAUACAGGGCUGGAUCCUGUGCCUGGCAGGGCUUCCCCGUUCUGAGUUAUGUUUCUGGGUGGUGUUAAAGCUGUUUUCCAGGGAACAAGCUGCAGGUAAUGACUGCUGGAGGAUGUGCCCGCAUCACGCAGCUUGAGGGCUGCACAAGUGGGCUGGAUGGGAGGAAGCCAUCCCCAGGUGAUGCAAUGCAAUUAGGGCAAGUAAUUGGCUUAGCCAUCUGGUGCUUCCUGCCCAGCUCAGCUCCAUCACCUGACUGGGACACAGCAGGAGAGGGUGGCCCUCAGCACCCACCCCAGAGAGUUUGGGUGCUUUGGGUACCAGCUGCAAUGGAUGCACAGUGUGAGGGAUCGUGCUGCCGGCCCUGGGAUGGCUGCAGAGUUGGCAUUCCUGCUCUGUAUCACAGCCCCAUGCCCACAGCAGCACUGUGCCGAAGCUGCUGCAGAAAUGCAACUAAGGGGAUUAUGGUUUAGGAGGGACUCAGAUUAACAACCCACUUCCUCCAAGAGAUCCCCAGGGCCCUUGCAGUUGGGGUUCUCCCCCAGGUCUGCCUGCUGCACGUUGCCUCUCCUUGCAGUGCUCCUGAACUCAGCACAUCCUGUCCCUGUGCAUGCACGGGGGUGGCACUGUGCUACACUCCUAGCUGCAGCUGCAGCUGCACUGAGGGCUGCAGAGAUGCUCCCCAGCCCAUGACACCCCAGUGCAGGUGCACCAUGUGCAGCUGGGAUGGGCUCCAGCCUGUCUCCGGCUCUGCUCAGGGCUGCUGUUUGCAUUUUGAAGUAGCGCUUUGGGUCACAUCCAACUUCCCUUUCGAUGAAAACCUGUAUUAAAAUAAACAUCGACUCUUCAAGUGAGUGGGGAGACGAUGGCCAGACAAUGUGCUGGGGCUGUCUUGACAUCAGCAGUACAGGUGAAGGCUUUGGGUCCGUUUCUCACCAUGGAAUACUUUCCAAACCCCUCAGGCACACAGGGGGCUUCUGUUAGUGAUGGUUUUGCCUGACCCUGAGGAGCCCCAGGGCUGUGGGAUUUCCACAGUGCUCUCACUGUGACCACAUCCCAGUGCAGGGAAGGGGCAUGGAGCAAGCAGGGACAGUGGGGCUGAGACACUCCAGUGGGGAGCACUGCUUCCCUCCAUGCUUGCUCACAGCCCCAUGAUACUGCGGGUGCCCAACCUUUCCCUCACAUGAGCAUCCUUCACCUGCCACAGCCCCAAGGAGCUGUGAGCAGGACCAGGCAAUGCUCCCCCCAACAUCCCUACCCUGCACUGCCCACACACCCCACAGCUCCACCUGACAACCCCGCUCUGUUCCCACAGCACCCUGCACUAUGGCCGCAGUGCUUCCAGCCGGCAGCAGCACGGAGCCACAGCACCACCUCUGCCCCCACAACAGCGUGGGCAGCACCUGGCUUCCACGGGAGGAGCCCUGGUGCCGCAGGAACUCCAUCCCACCCGCGCAGGCGCCCACUGCCAGGCACAUGCUGGCCUACCUGCCACGGCCACCCACCGACACCAGCCGCUAUGGCACCUUCCCCCAGAAGCCUGAAGUCCCAGCUGCCCCUGUGCUUCUCACAGAUGCUGCUGCUGCUGCUGAGAGAAGUGCCCUGGUUCCAAACGACCUCUUCCCACCCAGUGGCACUGAUGUUCCUAGCGACCCAGCUCCCACGCAGAGCUGUGUAGACUCGGAGGCCAUGGGAUCCACCAGGCGCUGGCCCAGUGUCUCCAUUACCACCAGUGACCACCAGCCCAAGCUCCGCCGGGCCUCACGCCAAGACCAUCCACCCGUGCUGCGUGACGGCACCUCUCGCUGGUACCCGCGGCACACCCGCAGCGUGCCCAGCAUCCUCAGCCCCGCACGGAGCAGGACGCCCAACCGCAGCAUCGUCUCCAUCCCUGCCUCCGAGAGGCUGCAGAGCCGGCGUUGCAAGCUGAUAGAGGACGAGCGGCUGCUGGGCCUGGCCGGCAAGCAGCAGCGCCAGCGCUACGUCACCAAAGUGGGCAAGUGCCAAGUGAACCUGGGCAACAUCCAGGAGAAGAAGAGGUUCCUCUCGGACAUUUUCACCACUAUUGUGGACCUCAAGUACCGCUGGUUCCUCUUUGUUUUCAUGAUGUGCUAUAUUGUCACCUGGGUUGUCUUCGGCACCAUCUAUUUCUUUGAUGCGUGGAUAAGGGAUGACAUCAACCACAUCGGGGACCCAGAGUGGAAGGCGUGCAUUGAGAAUGUGGACAAUUUCAUAUCUGCCUUACUCUUCUCUGUGGAAAGUCAGAGGACCAUUGGCUAUGGCUCCAGGAUCGUGACAGCCAACUGCGUUGAGGGCGUCAUCCUGCUGAUGGUGCAGUCCAUCAUUGGGUCCAUGAUUGAUGCCCUUAUGGUGGGGUGCAUGUUUGUCAAGAUCUCCAGGCCCAAGAAGCGUGCCCAGACCUUAAUCUUCAGCAAAAAUUGUGUCAUCUCCCACAGGGACGAGAAGCUCUGUCUGAUGUUCCGUAUCGGGGACCUCCGAGAGAGCCACAUGGUGGAUGCAAAAAUAAGAGCCAAGCUGAUCAAAUCCCGACAGACCAAAGAAGGGGAGUUCAUCCCCUUGGAGCAGUCGGAGCUGAACUUAGGCUACGAUACAGGGGAGGACAGGUUGUUCCUGGUGGAGCCCCAGAUCAUCUGCCACGUCAUCAACCAGCACAGUCCCUUCUGGGACCUGUCGGCAGAGUCACUGAAGAGGGAGCAGUUUGAGAUCAUCAUCAUCCUCGAGGGCAUUGUGGAAGCUACGGGGAUGACGUGCCAGGCCCGCACCUCCUACACCGAGGACGAGAUCCUGUGGGGGUACCGCUUUGAACCCUGCAUGUCCUUGGAGAAGGGCGCCUUCCGCGUGGACUACAGCCGCUUUGAGCUGACCUUCGAGGUGCAGACCCCAGCAGCGAGCGCCAGGGAGAUGCAGGAGAUGGCAGAGCUGGAGCGCCGGGACCGCUCCACACCCAGCCUGUGCUGGGAGCUGCUGCCACAGCCCAGCGGGUCCUGAGCAGGCGGACAUCAAGGCUCAGUGCGACCACACAGCUUUGGUUUUGUAUCAUGGGGCAGAGAAGCCCUCAGCAGAACAUUAAAAUCUGUUCAUCGAAAAUGGUGAUGUCAGUGUCUGGUGGUGGCUUGAACCACACGGGGCUGUGCCCAGGGCUGCUCCCAGAGAGCUUCCCUUCCUGAGCCCUCAGCCAAGGCAGUGGUACUGGGACAAUGGUAUUGGGACAAUGGCACCGGGACGAGGCCUCAUGGGAUGG